AUGGCGGAAAAGAACACCAUUGAUGUCGUCCCGGACACUGCGUCCUCGGACUCUCCCAGUGAUGGCUUGCCUCGACGGGAUAUCGAGGGAAAGCAUCCCCAUCAGGUCCACGCCGCCAUGGAAAAUGGUGGUGCUGUUCGUGACGCAAACUUCAUGACUCGAAAUGGUCUUAACUUGGAGUCGUUCAAGAUGAGAAGUUAUGGCCUAGGCAUGGUGGAGCUUGAUCGUUCGAUGAAGCACCGUCAUCUUCAGAUGAUUGCUAUUGGUGGCUCGAUUGGAGCUGGUUUCUUCGUCGGCUCUGGAAGCGCAUUCAGAAACGGAGGACCUGGCUUUGUGCUCAUCGACUUCAUGAUAAUCGGUAUCAUGAUAUUCAACGUUGUCUACGCUCUUGGUGAACUCGCUGUUAUGUACCCUGUCUCUGGUGGUUUCUACACGUAUUCCGUUCGUUUCAUCGAUCCAUCUUGGGGAUUUGCUAUGGGCUGGAAUUACGUCUUUCAGUGGCUUAUCGUCCUUCCGCUUGAACUUACUGUCGCUGGUUACGUUGUUCAAUAUUGGGACAAGGAUUUAAACCUUAACCUGUUAAUCGCCAUCUUUUGGAUUUUUAUCAUCAUCAUCAACGUUUUUGGCGCUCUUGGAUUCGCCGAGGAGGAAUUCUGGUCGUCGUGUCUCAAACUCGUCACAAUCAUUACCUUCAUGAUCAUUGCGGUGAUCUUGGUUUGUGGUGGUGGACCUAGCGGCGGCAGAUAUGAUGAGUAUUGGGGAGCACGUACAUGGCACGACCCAGGAGCUUUCAAGAACGGAUUCCGAGGAUUCUGCGCUGUGUUCGUCACUGCUGCCUUCUCCUUUGCCGGUACAGAACUCGUUGGUAUCGCAGCGGCUGAGUCUGCCAACCCCGCCAAAGCUCUUCCAAGUGCAAUCAAACAGGUCUUCUGGCGUAUCACUUUGUUCUUCAUCCUGGGUUUAUUCCUUGUCGGUCUUCUUGUCCCAUCUAACGAUGAGAAACUCCUCGGAUCCGAAAACGCCUACAAAGAAGGUGCAUCUAUGUUCGUUUUGGCUGCUAAAUAUGCUGGAUUGAAAGGAUACGACCACUUCCUCAACGCUGUCAUUAUGAUUUCUGUCCUAUCUAUUGGAGCAUCUUGCGUCUAUGGUGGAUCAAGAACAUUGACUGCUCUUGCUCAACAGGGCUACGCUCCCAAGAUCUUCACCUAUGUUGACAAGUCUGGCCGACCUCUUCCUUCGGUCCUCGUCCACCUAGCGGCAGGUGCCUUCGCUUAUAUUCAAGAAACUUCCACCGGAGAGGAGGUCUUCAACUGGCUUCUCGCUCUUUCCGGACUUGCCGCUCUAUUCACAUGGGGAUCCAUCUGUUUCGCACAUAUCCGUUUCCGCCAGGCUUGGAAGCACCAAGGCCAUACACUUGAUGAGAUUCCGUUCCAGGCUAUCUUCGGUGUUACUGGAUCUUGGAUCGGCCUCAUUCUCUGUGUCAUCGUCUUGAUCGCUACACUCAUCAGCGCGAUUCUUCCAGCGGGACAAACAGAGACUGCCACUGUAGAGCAGUUCUUCUCAGCUUGGCUGACUGUUCCCGUCAUCCUCGUGUUCUGGAUUAUCGGCUAUGUCUGGAAGAGAGAGGGUGGUCUCAAGCUUGAACAGAUUGAUGUCGACACUGGACGCCGUGAAAUUGACUGGGAUUCGAUUAAUGCUUACAGAGCCGAGGUUGCUUCUUGGCCCAAGUGGAAGCAAAUCAUGAGCAAGAUCUACUGA